CUGCGAUCCCAAUCCAAAUCGGGCGUAAUCCAUCUCGACGACCACUCCAUCUCCCGCUUCCUCACCUCCACAAAACCCCCUCGCCCCUACUACCUCCUCGUCUUCUUCGACGCUAAGCAGCUCCACGACAAGUCCGAGCUCCGCCUCCAAGAUCUCCACCGCGAGUUCUCCCUCCUCUCCUCUUCCUUCAUCACCAACAACCCCGACAACGACAAGCUCUUCCUCUGCGACAUCGAGUUCAAAGAAUCGCAAUCCACAUUCUCCCUCUUCGGCGUCAACUCCCUCCCCCACAUCCGCCUGAUCGGCCCCGAUGUCAAGAACCCCAAGGAAUCGGAGCAGAUGGACCAGGGGGAUUUCUCGAGGCUUGCGGAAUCGAUGGCGGAAUUCGUUGAAUCGAGGACCCAGAUCUCAGUCGGCCCGAUCCACCGCCCGCCGUUCAUUUCGAAGACCCAGCUAGGGUUCCUGAUCGCGUUCUUCCUCUGCUGGACGCCGUACCUCGUGAAGAAGGUCAUCGCCGGGGAGACUGUGUUCCACGAUUCGAAGGUCUGGUUGGCUGGUUCGGUUUUCAUUUACUUCUUCAGCGUUUCUGGUGCGAUGCAUAAUAUAAUUCGCAAGAUGCCUAUGUUCAUGGUUGAUCGGAAUGAUCCUAGCAAGCUGGUGUUCUUUUACCAAGGUUCUGGGAUGCAAUUGGGAGCUGAGGGGUUUGCUGUAGGGUUUCUGUAUACUGUUGUUGGGUUGUUGCUUGCUGGGAUGACUCAUGGGCUGGUGAAGGUGAAGAAUGUGACUGCUCAGAGGGUGAUUAUGAUUGCCGCCAUAUUGGUCUGCUUCUGGGCUGUGAACAAGGUUGUGUAUUUGGACAAUUGGAAGACUGGGUGGCGUACGAAGAAGGAGAAGCCAUUAACGUUCCCAUUCCCCGCCACACAGAGCAACAUGGAAGAACAAGUGGAAACGCUGGGGAAGGCGUUCGUGGAUCACUACUACCACCUCUUCGACGCGGAUCGAUCUUCCCUGUCGUCUCUUUACCAGCCUUCCUCCAUGCUCACUUUCGAAGGCCAGAAGUUCGUCGGCGCCAACGACAUCUCCGCCAAGCUCAAUGCCCUGCCGUUCGACCACUGCAAGCACGCCAUCAGCACCAUCGAUUCGCAGGCUGCUGCGGCCACCGGUGGCAUCGUGGUGUUCGUCAGCGGCAGCCUGCAACUGCUCGGCGAGGAACAUCCCCUCCGAUUCAGCCAGAUGUUUCACUUGCUUCCGACGAUCCAUGGGACAUUCUUCGUGCAGAACGACAUUUUCCGUCUUAAUUAUGGUUGAUUCUUGGUGUACUUAUUCAGGCUAUGAUCAUUAUUCUUCUGUUGUUGUAAUGUGUAAAACUUGACCUUGAUUCUCUGGCAAUUGGAUAUAUGACGUUCUCUGGCUUUUCAUGAGAGGAUGAAAGCGAAUAAAACGUCUCCAUGAUCUUAACUUGAGAGACUCAUUUCCGUUUCAUUUUCCUCUUAGGAUUGCAAUUUGCAAACCAUUCUAUCAUCAGCAUCUGCCUUUAUGGGCGAGCACAGAGCACGUCGUUUUGUUAUGGGCCAGAUUCAGGCUUGAUCUUGUGGGUAGUUGGGCUUUCCGAAUGCUGGGCCUAAGGCAAUAAUUUUGGAUCAAGAAGAUGAUCCCGGCCCAAACGAGCAUUAGACGAUAGCAUAGAAGGAAAAUGUGGAAAUUUGACCUGAUUUUAACUUCAUUAAUCAUGUCUUCUCUAUCUUAUAUAACAAUAUUGAUCAUGACCUCGCCUUGUGCGUCA